GGUGGGCGCGUAACUGCAGCCACGUGGCGGGAGGGAGACCCUACAGAUGCGGUGGGUGUGGCUCGUGGCUCCCCUGAGGGUGCUGAGCGCGCUCUCCCGGGUUGGCUGAAGCCGGGCCUCGCAGGAAGGCUGGGAGGCGAGCGAGUGGAGUGGAGACCGGGCGGCGGGACCAAGACACGUGGCUCUCCUGAAGCGCUUGCCUAUGCUAGACGCUAGCCGGGCGCUGCCGAGCUCCGUUUGCCGGCUCCUGAGUCCUUCCCGCGUCCAGCUUCCUUUGGUUGGUUACGACGACCCUUGAAUGUGGCUGAGUGGCGGCAGCAGUCUCUGACCCAACCCACGACCAGGUGUCCAUCGGGUGCACUUACUGGUCUUCCCUGGCCGGGGACCUUCCCAACACAGUUUCAUCUGAACUUUCCUUCUGUCUGAUCUGCUUUGAGUGAUAAAAUGAAACUGGUGUCCUAAUGACUUUCCGAGCUCCGGAAGUUAGUAAUGAAGUCGGCGUCCAUGGAGAGGAUUUUAGGAAAAGGAGGAAUUCCUCAUUUGAUAUUGGAGUGAAGGAGCAAGGGAAGCUGCCUUAAUUGGACGAUGAAACAUAAUUUGCCCUUCAAGAAAUGCUAGCUGUAGAUGGCGCAGGUUUGGCACGUCCUCUUUCCCCUUCCUUCCUCCCUCCCAAGAAGACAGUGACCUGGCAUUGGUUCAAAGGCCAGUCAGUACAUGCCUGGCAUCUGUGGUGUUGAGUGUCCAGCCUUGAUUUUCUGUUGAAGCAUGACUGGCACAUUUUGUCGGCCCUUCGUAGGGCACCUGAGAUCCUCACUUUGUACUACUCUGCCGUCGGACAGGCAAUCUGAGAAUUCCAUUCACAUCAAAUUGCAAAUGGGCUGACAGCCUUUUUACCUCUUUGGAUGAAACAAACACAUCUUAGAUCUGUGAAGCCCCCGGGAGGAGAAUCGAGCAAUCUUUUUGGAAGUCCAGAAGAAGGUAUUCCUUCCAGCAAGCCUAAUAGGAUGGCAUCUAAUAUUUUUGGACCAACUGAAGAACCUAAAAACAUACCCAAGAGGACAAAUCCUCCAGGGGGCAAAGGAAGUGGUAUCUUUGAUGAAUCGUCUCCUGUGCAGACUCGACAACGUCUAAACCCCCCUGGUGGGAAGACUAGUGACAUAUUUGGGUCCCCAGUCACUGCCACUGCACCCCUGGCACACCCAAACAAGCCCAAGGAUCACGUUUUGCUAUGUGAAGGUGAAGACUCUAAAUCUGACCUGAAAGCUGCAACAAACUCCACACCCAGAGGAGAGCAGAGCGAGAAGGGAAGCUCAAAAGAAGCAGACCAUGCCAAGAAAGCAGAGCCUACACCUACGGUUGACAGUCAUGAACCCAGACUGGGACCGCGACCUCGUUCCCACAACAAGGUCCUGAACCCACCGGGAGGCAAAUCCAGCAUCUCCUUCUAUUGAGAGGCUCCUGCUCUACCUGUAAUCAGACCAAACACUCAGAGAUAGGAUAUUGAAUGUUAGUGCUUCCUUUAACCCAAAUGAGUCGGGGUGGGAGAGGGGUUGUCGUGCGUGUGGGGUUGCCUGCUCAUAGGCCUUGUUGCCGUUGGAAGAGCUGCAGAGAGGACCGUGCCUUCCAGACUGCCAAGAUACACGUCUGUGGGGUAAAAUGGGGUACUCUUAGGCCUCCUCUCUGGCUGUUCUGUGUGGAACAGUGAGGUUCUGGGGAGGGCAGAAGAGAUGACCCAUUCGCAGAAGGAUCACUAGGGUCUGUCUUCUCCUUGUAUCAGCAGUCUGCUGGCUGUUGGGUAUCUAAGAAUGGUUGGGUUGGGGGAAACCCAGACUACCUAUCCCUCACUGUGGAAUGGAGGAGGAACACAAACAGAAGGACAGAGUGAAGUCUACAUAGCCUUGCCUUUCAGGGAAUGCCUAUCACCAAAAUGUGUCCACCUCUGAGAUGACCUCUGAACCCUAGUGUCUCCUUGUCUUUUUCCCCUCAGUCCACCCCUGUAGUGUUGGAACAUGACUGCUCUUUUUGGUAGCAGUCAACAGAAAAUCAAACAGUGAUUCUCAGUCUUGUCCUGAGUGGAAGGUUUUACACCCUGAUCCUCCGAAUUGUCCCUUUCCUGCACCUAAAACCAUGGCCAGGUCUAGGUAGCAGCCUGUCUUCCUCUGUGUUGGCUUGGUUCCUGCCAUGCCAGAUUUGCAUGUGGGUUUUUCCUUUUGUUUCUCUCAUCAGCCUUAAGUCUGAGCCUUAGUUCCUCACCCGUGAGGGGCUCUUGCUACCCAUGUUUCUUCCUAUACAUGAGGUCUCUGGCCUCUGCGGGGCUUAAAAAACCACUCAGAUAUGUCCAGGUAUUGGGUGAAUUCUUGUUUUUCCAGUCUUGCUUUGUCCUGUCGUCGGGAGGAAGACCUGCUAAAGGACACUGGAUUGGGUGGUUUCUUUACCGAUCUGCAGCGGUGUUCUUAGGAUCAACUUUUGAAUACCCAUGAGCUGUGCUUCUGACACCUCGAAAAUGAUAUUGUAGUACGCCGAAGCACAGGAGCUGCCUACGCCACCUUUAGAGAGUGCCAGACUUCUCAACCUUGUUCAUGAACGGUGCUCCUUAAGCCUGGUGUUAAGGAUUUUGGCAAUAAGUCACAGCUUCAUCGGACAGCAGAGAUACUGGGCACCAUAGUCAUGCUGCCGUCAGUUAGGUUACUCCAUGUCAGGCACAUGUCCGUCCCUCCUGUCAGCCUUAAGGGCUGAGCCUUCGUUCCUUGGUUCCCCUUCUGGUGGGCAUCUGUGAGAAGGGCUUCUAAGUGGUGCUACCUUUGUUUCUAGUGCCUCCAGAGCUUCACAGCAGAUGCCAGAAAUGUCCUCAUUACUGUUUGGAAAAGCAGCAGUUCUGCAGUCACACUCACAGUGACCUAGAUGCUUAAGUGCCUGCAGGAGCCACCUGCCAAGUUCUGCUUCCUACACCCGGUUCCGUGAGGGGUCUGACCAUGGCUUUGUCAACCAAAGAGUUUUUCCCCUUCAGCUGUCCUGUAUCCUGAUGCCAAGAAACAUGUAUUAUGUGUGUAAUUCUGUAACAACUCAAAUGGGUUGUGGUUCAGUCAUGAGGAUGUCAUUUGGGAUUCAGAGCAUUUUUUCCAUUUAAGAAAAUGUCAUAAAUGUUUGCUUUAUUUAGCCCAGACACUAACGUCUUUAACUUAUAAGGAAAUAAUACAAUGAUAGAAAUAAACCUCCUUUUGUAACUGCUUUCUUAAGUAGAAAAUGAUUUGUGAGUUCCAAAAUCAGUAGUGAGGAAGGAAUCUGACAUCACUGUGCUGGCUCUGCUGUGAGCCCAGUGAGAGAAAAGCUCCUAGCGCUGCUUGCUGACCUGGAUGACUAGGAGGAGAUGGGGACCCAAGACAGUGACCCACAGCAGCUGCCUUAUUCAACUCCCCUGUCUUUCUGUCUUUCCCUGAAGCUGGACUCAGAGCAUGGGCAGUCUGCCUCCUAGGAGGAGGCACUGCCUAGCUAAAUCCUAGCUUAAUCACCUGCAUUAAGCCUUAAAACUUUUAAGUGCAUUUGGUGCCAACAUUUUCCUAGCGCUAUGUCAGAGCAAGAAACCUGUCCUUACAUCAUAAUGCAAUUUUGAUAGGAGCAUUUGUUAUUUUUAUGAGGCAGAACUGGGUAUAAUGGUUGAAUUAAACUUAGUAACCACAUACUUA